GGCGCCGUUGUUACGUUCACUGUCCAACAUGGCGUCCGACUUGCCACCGGGAGCUGAUGGUCGCCAAGCUGACCUGGGGUGUGCGAUUGCGGCUUUAAAUUCGUGGAACCAUUCAGAGCUCCAAACCAAGCUGGCCGAGAUUGGCGCGCCCACGUUGGGCCCAAGGGAAGAGUUGAUUGACAGACUGAAAGGCUAUAUGAUUCAGACUGGUGUCCUGGUGGGAAAACCGAAUGAUGACAAAGCUGUGGGUCCCCUGAUGCCUGGCAUCCAGUCCAUGCCGCCUGUGAUGGGGGGCAUGCUGCACGCGUCAAUGAGCAUGAUGCCGGGUGGACCACCGCCUCCUGUCAUGCACAUGCCUCCUCCGGGUCUGUUGCAAGAUGACCAGCUGCAGAUGGCGGCCAUUGUGAUGCAGCACGAGGAACACGAUGGUCGGCUGUCUGAUAAUCAGGAGCUGCUGGAGCAGCAAAAGAGGGCCGCGGUGCUGAUGGAACAGGAGCGCCAGCAGGAGAUGAUUCACAUGCAGCAGGGACCCAUUGGCAGGGCAUUGCCCCCUGUCACCGCGGUUAGAAUGAGUUUGGAUCCGCGCGGUCCGCUACCCCCGGGUGUCAGUAUGAUGCCUAGUCAGAGACAGAGAGUACCUCUCCCCCCAGGGGACGACAACAGGGAGAUCUGGCAGAGCGAGGAAAUGAUUGUUGGAGGGCCGAAGAUUCCUCAGGCUCUGGAAAAGAUCCUCCAGCUGAAGGAGAUCAGACAGGAGCAGCAUGUGGACCCUGCGGUAGAAGAAGAUAGCAGCGCAGACAUGAACUUGAACAGCUCUUCACGCGCAGCGUCUGAGUUGGAAGAAGACGAUAAUCGGAUGUCCAAGAAGGACAAAAACCGCAGACGCAGGAACCGCAAGAAGAAGAGCAAGAACAAGCGUACCCAGGAGAAGAAGGAGCAGAUCGACGGCGAGAAGGAGGAGGAAGAUGAAACCCAAGUGGAGAUAGAGUACGUUACAGAGGAGCCAGAGAUUUACGACCCCAACUACAUCUUUUUCAAGCGCGUCUUCGAUGCCUUCAAGCUGACUGACGACCUAAAGAAGGACAAAGAGCCAGACAAGGCGGAAAAGCAAGAAUUGCCCAUCCUGCGGAAGAAAGGCUUUGAGUUGGAGAAGAAAGACAGCGAUGACAGCGACGAGGAACUGCGGUCAGAUGUUCCCAAACUGUCUAAGAAGAAGUUGAGGAGGAUGAACCGUCUCACCGUGGCUGAGCUCAAGCAGCUGGUGGCCCGCCCAGAUGUGGUGGAGAUGCACGAUGUGACUGCACAGGAGCCCAAACUGCUGGUCCACCUCAAGGCCACCCGGAACACGGUUCCAGUUCCUCGCCACUGGUGCUUCAAGCGCAAGUACCUGCAAGGGAAGAGGGGCAUUGAGAAGCCGCCCUUCCAACUCCCGGAAUUUAUCAGGCGGACCGGUAUUCAGGAAAUGAGAGAGGCCCUGCAAGAGAAGGAAGACGCCAAAACCAUGAAAACCAAAAUGAGGGAGAAAGUUCGUCCCAAAAUGGGGAAGAUCGACAUUGACUACCAAAAACUUCACGACGCAUUCUUCAAGUGGCAGAUCAAGCCCAAGUUGACCAUCCAUGGAGAUCUUUACUACGAGGGUAAAGAGUUUGAGACCCGUCUGAAGGAGAAGAAGCCAGGUGACCUUUCCGAUGAGCUUCGCAUCGCGCUGGGAAUGCCAGUUGGACCCAACUCCCAUAAGGUCCCGCCCCCCUGGCUGAUUGCAAUGCAGAGGUACGGCCCCCCUCCGUCCUACCCGAACCUCAAGAUCCCUGGACUGAACUCACCCAUCCCGGAGAACUGCACAUUCGGCUAUCAUGCUGGUGGAUGGGGGAAACCCCCAGUAGACGAAUUGGGCAAACCGCUUUAUGGCGAUGUGUUCGGGACCAACUCUGCAGACUUCCAAGCCAAAGCGGAGGAAGAGGAAGUGGACCGCUCGACGUGGGGUGAGCUGGAGCCGUCUGACGAAGAGUCUUCUGAAGAAGAAGAGGAGGAGGAGGAGAGCGACGAGGAGAAACCGGAUGAGACGGGAUUUUUUACACCGGCAGACAGCGGUCUGAUCACGCCCGGAGGCUUCUCGUCCGUCCCCGCUGGCAUGGAGACUCCUGAACUCAUCGAGCUGAGGAAGAAGAAGAUCGAGGAGGCCAUGGAUGGCAAUGAAACGCCACAACUCUUCACCGUCCUUCCUGAGAGACGAACGGGCCCAGUGGGCGCCGCCAUGAUGGCCUCCACGCACAUCUACGAUAUGUCAGCCGCUGCGGUGAGCCGCAAAACUGGCAGCGGGGGAGACUCGCAUGGUGUGGAGGUGGCGCUGGCACCUGAGGAGCUGGAGCUGGACCCCAUGGCCAUGACCCAGAAGUAUGAAGAACACGUGCGCGAGCAGCAGGCGCAGGUGGAAAAAGAGGACUUCAGCGACAUGGUGGCUGAGCAUGCAGCAAAACAGAAGCAAAAGAAGAGGAAGGCUCAGCCCCAGGACACACGAGGCGGCGCUAAAAAGUACAAGGAGUUCAAGUUCUAGACAACCACUGUAAAGAGGAAGCUAAUGUUUUACUUUCACAAUAAACUUUUUUUUUUUACUAUU